GAGGUUUGUAUGUAUUGUAUACAUACUGCAUAGAUAACAUAUUUGAUAGGCUAACUUAAAAUUACUAAAAUUUGCAAAACUAAAUUUCAAUAUUUACGAAAUUGUUUUGAUGUAUUUUUCGCACGAUUUGGAGCUCCAUUGUGUUGUAGUUAUCAACUAAUUUAAAUUUGUCGUGUCAAACGAAACAAAUGGCAGGAGACGACGAUGAUACUUGGUUGAUAGAACUAGAGUCUGCUCUUCUCGAUGGAUGUACCGCACAAGAAAUUAAUGCAUUAACGAAAGGAAAAAAAAUACCUGUUAGCUUACGUCCUGAUGUGUGGUUGUUAUGUUUGAAUUGUCAAGAUGCUGGAAACCAAUUGCUUUUGUUUGAUGAGAUAUUUGACUUACCUAAUCAGAAUGAAUUAAGAGAUGAUGUAAAAAAGUUUGUUGAAAAACUUGGCAAUGAAGAAGAUGAUAAAUUAGCAGUUAUAUCUGAUGUUGAGUCAAUAAUCACAUUUUAUUGCAAAUCGAAGAACACAACUUACACUUCAAACAAUGGUUGGAUUGAUAUUUUAUUACCUUUGUUAAGUUUGAAGCUACCACGGUCAGAUACUUAUAAUUUGUUUGAAAGGAUUUUAAAAUUGUAUACACCAAAGGGCUGUUCAAAAAAUGGAGUACCUUGCCAUAUAUUAAGGUUGAUACUUCAAUACCAUGAUCCAGAACUUUGUUCAUUUUUGGAUACAAAAAGAAUCACUCCAGAACAGUAUUGUUCACCAUGGUUGAAGUCAUUAUUUGCUGGUACAUGUAGUUUGGAUGUAGCUUUAUACAUGUGGGAUUUGUAUUUUCAAAGGUCAGAUCCGUUCUUCAUAUUUUUUCUAUGCUUAAUUAUGAUCAUUAAUGCCAGAGAACAAUUACUACAGAUGAAAAAUGAUGAUAAAACAGCCAUUAUACAAAUUCUUACCAAUAUGCCUGCAGAUUUGGAAGCAAAUGAUGUUUCGGAUUUCUGUUCAUUGGCUCAUUACUACUCAUUAAAAACACCUCAGUCUUUCAGAGAUGAUGUCUUAGAGGUCUUAUUUUCAGAAAGUGAAUUGGAAAUAAAUUCAAGACUGUACUCACAAGCUUUAUGUCUGCCUGUAGCAGUUCAUGAAUUAAUUGAAAGUGCAACAUUAGAAUUGGCAAAUUCAGAUAGUGUGAAAUUCUUUUUAGUUGAUUGUCGACCAACAGAUCAAUAUAAUGCAGGUCAUUUAUCCACCGCAUUUCAUCUAGAUUGUAAUUUGAUGUUGCAAGAACCUGCAGCUUUUAAUACAGCCGUGCAAGGACUAUUAAAUGCUCAAAGACAAGCCUUAGCUGCUGGAUCACUUGCUGCUGGAGAACAUCUAUGUUUUGUCGGAUCAGGUAGAACUGAAGAAGAUAGUUAUGCUCAUAUGGUGGUUGCAUCAUUUCUGAAGAGAAAUACUAAACAUGUUUCUAUGCUUGAUGGUGGCUUUGUGGCAAUUCAUGAUUAUUUUGGGCCUCAUAUGACAGAUUGCCUAGAGGAACACAAUGCAUCAGCAUGUCUUGUUUGUGUUCCAAAUAAUACCUCUGUUGGAAUGAGUAAAAACGUAGCCAGUGCAACCAAAACUAGUGAGAAUAUGAUUACUAAACAAUUGUUUAGCAAAUUGUCAUCUGCCAUGAAAGCUAAAAGUCAAGAAGUCAAAGGGAAAUUGAUAGAGUACAUAGUUAACCCAAAUUCCACAUACAAUAAUAGUGAAUGGCAUGUGUCUGCAAAUGAUAGAAAAGAGCAAAGGUAUAGAAAUGUACCACCUGUAUUUAGCAUAAAUGAUGAAGAUGAAGACUCACGGUCUGAUAGUUUACGUCAUGAUCUUACACUUUCUGAUUCUAUCGAAGAAAUAGUUAAUGUGCAGUCGUUUCUUAAGGAACCAAAUACUAUUGAUAAUUUUCAAUGCCAGGAAGUAUUACUUAAUGGAUAUAUGCAUGAUUCUUAUAUAGUUGUAACAGAAACACACUUAAUUGUUUUACGUGACAUUCCAAAUAAACGAGGCCUAGCAAAGAUUAUGUCUAGGAGACCUCUCUCUACUAUAGUUAAAAUAACAGCUAAGAAGAGGCAUCCAGAAUUAAUUACAUUUAAGUAUGGUAUUCCAGAUGGUGAUAAUUUACUAAUUAAAGAUAUGGAUAGAUUUCUUAUUCCAAAUGCCUCUGUAGCUACUAAAGUUGUAUCAAAUCAAAUUGUACAACAGUUGGAUAACAAAUUACAGUGAACUAUUAACAUUUUCAUAUUGACUUAGUUCUGAGAAGUAGCUUAUUUGCUACAAGUAUAAUGCAGAUGCUUAUCUAAGGACUAAGAAUUAUUUAAAAAAAAAACAACUAUCAUGUUAACUUGUAUACAUAGCCCUAUCGGAAUAAAAUGAUAAAUGUUGUAAUAAUAGUAACUGCAGGUUUGUUUGCGAUUAGUGGCAGUAAAAGCGCAUUUAUUUGUUGUAAAUACAAAGAAAUUAGCCUAAGAAAUUUCAGGAAUUUUAAAGUAUUUUAUUUCUUGAGUAAUUUAAAACAUUUGUCAGAUUUUAAUGAAAUUAUAGCAAAAUAAGUGAUUUUAAUACUUGAUCUUAAACUGAAUUGGGGCUGCCAGUAGACUCAACUUACUUUAACUUCAGAGUCCCUGAAAUUAUACAAUAAACAUACACAUUAUAAACAGUAGAUCAAAAUUAUCAAUACUUAUAAACUGUUUGAUUGUCAUUUUUAUUAUGAAAAGUUUGAUCUCUGGA